AUGAGUGGGACGGCAGGGAGGUGGACGAUGCUCGCGCUCCUGGGCGCGACGACCCUGAUGCUGGUCGCUGGGCGGUGGGUGCUGCCAGCCGCUUCAGGGGAAGCAAAUCUGAAGCCUGAAAAUGUCGAGAUCCACAUCAUUGAUGACAAUUUUUUCCUGAAGUGGAACAGCAGCAGUGAGUCUGUCAGGAAUGUGACUUUUUCAGCAGAUUAUCAGAUACUAGGGACGGAUAACUGGAAAAAAUUGCCUGGGUGUCAAAAUACUGCUAGUACCAAAUGCAACUUUUCUUCGGUCGAGCUUAAAAAUGUUUUUGAAAAAAUUGAAUUGCGCAUAAGAGCAGAAGAAGGAAACAACACUUCUAUAUGGUAUGAGGUUGAACCAUUUGUACCAUUUCUAGAAGCUCAGAUUGGUCCCCCAGAUGUGCAUUUAGAAGCUGAAGAUAAGGCAAUAAUACUGAGCAUCUCUCCCCCUGGAACAGAAGAUAGUAUCAUGUGGGCUACAGAUCGUUUAAACUUUAGGUAUAGCGUCGUUAUCUGGAAAAACUCUUCAAGUCUAGAAGAAAGAACUGAAACUGUUUAUCCCGAAGAUAAAAUUUAUAAACUGUCACCAGAGAUUACUUAUUGUUUAAAAGUUAAAGCAGAACUGCCUUUACAAAGUAGAGUUGGUUACUAUAGUCCAGUGUAUUGUAUAAAUACCACAGAGAGACGUAAUGUGCCUUCACCAGAAAAUAUACAAAUAAAUGCUGACAACCAGGUCUGUGUUCUUAAGUGGGAUUACCCGUAUGAAAACACAACUUUUCGAGCUCAGUGGCUCCGUGCCUUUUUUAAAAAGAUUCCUGGGAAACAUUCAGACAAAUGGAAACAAAUACUGAACUGUGAAAAUGUCACAACUACCCGCUGUGUCUUUCCUCGAGAUGCUUUCCCAAAUGGAAUUUACUAUGUCCGUGUACAAGCAUCUAAUGGAAAUGGUACAUCUUUUUGGUCUGAAGAGAAGAAAUUUUAUAUUGAAAUGAAAACUGUCAUAUUUCCUCCAGUCAUCAGCUUGAAAUCCAUUACUGAUGAUUCACUGCAUGUCAGUGUCGGUGCUUCAGAAGAGUCUGAAAACAUGUCUGUGAAUCAGCUCUACCCACUAAUUUAUGAAGUAAUUUUUUGGGAAAACACUUCAAAUGCUGAGAGAAAAGUUCUAGAGAAAAGAACCGAAUUUACCUUUCUUGACUUGAAACCGCUGACUGUGUAUUGUGUCAAAGCCAGAGCACUCAUUGAAAAUAACAGGCGGAAUAAAAGCAGCAGUUUUAGUGAUACUGUGUGUGAGAAAACAAAACCAGGAGACACUUCCAAAACCUGGCUUAAAGCUGGAAUUUGCACUGCAUUGUUUUCUCUUCCUGUGGUCAUUUAUGUUGUGAGACUCUUAUUGAGAGGUGUCAAUUAUGUGUUCUUUCCAUCAAGUAAACCUCCUUCCUCUGUUGACGAGUAUUUCUCUGAUCAGCCACUAAAGAAUCUACUCCUUUCUACUUCUGAGGAACAAACGGAAAGAUGUUUUAUAAUUGAAAAUGCAAGCAUUAUUACUGAAAUAGAAGAGACUAAUGAAAUUGAUGAAGUUCACAAAAAGUACAAUUCCCAAACUAGUCAAGAUUCAGGAAACUAUUCAAAUGAAGAUGAAAACAGUGGAAGUAAAAUAAGUGAAGAGUUUCUGCAACAGGACAGUGUGUGA